GCGACCGAGAGGGAGAGAGAGAGAGAGAGAGAGAGAGGGGUAGAGCAGUAGGCUACAGAGGUGGUGUGAGUGAGGAAGGGAUUGAAGGGAAGAGAGAAAGACAUGACAAAAAUAUCAAAAGGCAGAAAGCACGCCGUACCAUGCGAGCUAAACUGGUGACCGAUGGGAUCGAGGAUGUCGGAUUAAUGGUGACUACCGCAGCCCGUUUUCGCAGAGGAAGCUUCUCUAUUGCAACUUGGGCGCAGAGGGUCCGCGGGGAAACAUGGCCGAAGGAGGGUCGGGUAAAGGUGGCGGAGAAGACCCCGCCAAGUCCGCCGAGCAGGAGGAGGACCGCACUCGACCUCAGGUCCUGUCGGGAUCGGGCUUCUGCAAAUGGUUCAACGUCCGGAUGGGAUUUGGAUUUAUCUCAAUGACCAACAGCGAAGGCAGCCCCGUUGACCCCCCUCUGGAUGUUUUCGUCCACCAAAGCAAACUAGUGAUGGAGGGCUUCCGCAGCUUAAAGGAGGGUGAGCAGGUGGAGUUCACCUAUAAGAAGUCCUCUAAGGGCCUGGAGUCCCUGCGGGUGACCGGACCUGGUGGGGGACCCUGUGCAGGCAGCGAGAGGAGACCCAAAGGGAAGGUCCCAUUGCAGAAACGCAAACCAAAGGGAGACCGCUGUUAUAACUGUGGAGGUCUGGAUCACCAUGCCAAGGAGUGUGGCCUGCCCCCCCAGCCAAAGAAAUGCCACUACUGCCAGAGCAUCACGCACAUGGUGGCUCAGUGUCCCCACAAGGCGCUGGCGCCCGCCACAGGCUCUCAGGACCAACAUGCGUCUACCUCGGCCUCUAGCCCAGGGACCGGGCCUUACCUCUCUCUCCCAGAGGAAGAGGAGCGCUCUGGCUCGUCUCCUCUGGAGGGCUCCUCCUCUUCCCCUGAGGAGCCCCAUACACAACGUGGCUCUCGGACCCAGAGGUGGAGGAAAUCCUGAAAAUAGUCCAUAGAGGUGAAUCUUUCACCGCUAGCCUCUGACACCUCAUGUCUCCUCUCAAUCAAGGUUAUCUGAAGCUCCCCUCAUCUACCUCACACCUGUGAAAAAUGGGAGGUCUUUAUUUCUUUACUUUUAUUGUUUUUCUUUUGGGUUUUUUUUUUUUUUUUUUGGUUUUUUACAAUUUCUAACCAGCGCAGCUAUGGCAACGAUCAAUGGGGUACGUGAUGGGCAAGAAUGUGUGUGACUGACUUGCAGUCAUUUGGUGCAGCUAUGGCAACCACGGCUGGAAUGGUGACUGCAGGGGAUUACUCUUGUUUCAGUCUCUGCAGCACGAGAGUGAGAAAAAAAAACAAAAAACACUGUAUAAGUCUAGUCUUGAUGAUUGUUUUUGCCUUUGUACCCUUGGACCUAAGUGUUGGCCGUUAUGAAUGCUUUUUCUCUACACGACUAUGUUGCAGAUUUAAAGCCACAAAAUAUCCUGUAGGCCUAAUCAUUCUGAAAAAUCAUGAUGCAUCCUUUUAGCACACACGGUAGCUCAUCUUAAGAAGGAUUAGAAGAAGACUUCAAGACCUCAAGACCCUCUAAGCGAUAAUCCAGACCCGCAGGACCGUUAGCUUGGCUUCUAAAGAUCUGUAGGGAAACUUUAUGGAUCCCAGAGGGAAUUUUUUUAAAAAGACAGCCAGCUGCUAGAUCACACUCUAUACUUCUUAAACACUCACAUACAUACAUACCUCUUACAUGAUAUAGACCGGACCAACUGAUUGUCAGACGUCAAACAUGUGCAAGACUGAGAGAAAGCGUGUGUCCUGUGCGUGUUACGCAUGCUCGAACAGAAAACUGUCAGACUGAAGCACCUCUUCCUCAGGUGUGAGUCAACACUAUUAACCCUUAUGUUUCCUAUUAUCAUAGAUAGACACAGUCUAUAUAAGACAUCAUAUAAUCCAUCUAGAUCAUAGUUUAGAUUCAAAAUAAUGAACUGAUCAUUAGAUUUCCAUUUUGGUUGUGGCAUAAUUAGUUGAAAAUAACAUUACACUUUAUAAAUUAUAGUAUAAGUCAUUAAUAUAUACAUAUAUGUAAAGUCACAAGAUAUAAUUAAAAUUCUAUUAACUUUAAGUAAUGCAUUUAUAAGGAAUUAGCUCUGAUCUAUAGGUGUAUAUUGCAUGGGAUGCUUUGUUGGUGUGUGAAAACUCUCUCUCUAUUUAAACAUUUUCAUUCAUGACAAAUCAAACUGACUUAAAAAAACCCCAAACUCCAUAUUUUCCCUUAUUUGCUAAAUCAGAUACUCAGAAAUCGCCUUUGAUACAGCACAAAAGCUCACCGUUUUGUUACAGGUGUAGUACCAGACCAUUAUACUAUCUUUGUAUCUUAUUUAUUUAAUACCUCACAAACUAUCCUUCUUGAAAAAUGAAUGUCAAGCUGUUUGCUCUCCCAGCCAUGUUACAGUAAGAUCGAACCACCUGUUCCUCUUCCAUCUGUGCCUACCAUUUGUUAGCCAGCACCAGCCAGGUUAAUGCGCAGUCCUCUUUGGGAUGAGGUGACAUCACUGCUGCUGCUGCUGCUUCAAACUCACUGAACAAAAAAAAGGAGAGAGAGAGAGAGAGAGAGAGAAUAAGAGUGCUGCUUUUGGUAUAACUUGAAUCCCAAGCAUGGCUUUAGUGGCACUUAUUUGUGACCCAACAACUCUUCUCUGACCAUACUGAAUGUGAAAAGAGCUUAUCUGAAGUCGACUCCUCACACAAUUCAAGUCGAGUCGCUUUGGAGUUGUAUCUUAAUGUUCUGACAAAUCAAAUAACUUUGUAUGAUUAUAUCAAACUAGCGUGUGUGUUUUUAAAAGCUCUAAAUAGACAAGCAACUUUUUUUGGUAUAUUUCCAUACCAAAGAGUGUGGCUUUAUUUUGUUUUUGAAGGCAUUUAAUGUUAAGACUUGCUGAAGUGCUUGUUACCCUCGCUCUUUCAAAUAAGAGGAACUUAUUGCUGAAAGCGCAUUAGAGCAGUUGUUGUUGUUGUUGUUGUUAUUUUUUUUUAAUUUAA